AUGCCGAGCUCCCGCGAUCCGUCGUCCGUGAUUGGCUCCAUGCCCAAACUCCGCUUCGAUCUACCUUCGAUUAGCUGCAUCUCCAAGUCCAAGGGCGGACGCGGCCCAGCCUGCAGCAGCAGCAGCACCAUGAGCAUCUUUGGGCCGAUAGAAGUUCCGGAUAAUUUCGGCGCGUUCAAACUAGAUGAUUAUGACCGAGUUGUUGCCAAGAUCGACAAGUUGUACCACAAGAGCAAGGCGGGGAUUGUUGGGAUCUCCAAAGAGUAUCUGGAGAGCGGAUACUGCUGCUGCUUGGGCCUCCUGGAUCCCGCAACAAACAUUCGCAUCAACGCCUCCAUUGCAGAGUUGGCGGCGGGCGGAGGAGGCGCUGAGUUGGCGGGCGGCGGCGGCGGAGGAGACAUGGCGGCCAAGCGGUCGCUGAACGGCCUCAUCGUCUUUCUAGCUUGCCUCUUCCCCUGCCUUCCCAACGGGGAGGCCCUGGCGUACCUCGACGCUGUCGACGCCGACCCCAUGGCCGCCGCCGCCCUCAUCAUCACCAGACGCGGGGUCAAGUUCUUCUCGUUCAGGAACGCCGCCGCCGCCAUGGAGAUGGCCCUCAGAUGCGCAGCAGUAGCCGCCAAGCAUCCAGACUCGUCGCUACUGGUGAAAGGGUGGACGAACGUCUCGCCUUGUCUGAUGGAGCUCGACCGUCGUCUAUCAGGCCUCCGUCCUGACUACGGAGAUGUAAAACGCAUUCUUGGGGUGCCAUUUGCCCAGAUCAGCAGCUCCCUCCCGUCCGCGCGGAUCCCCAAGGACGAGCUGACCAAGAAGUGCCACCGCGCUCUGGUCAUGGGCGGCUACUGCUACGGCCCGCUGCAUCCCGCCGCCAACAUCAUCGUCAACACGGUGCGGUACGAGCAGACCUUCCCAACAACAGCAAGCCUGAAAUUCGAGUCAGCCAUGAUCAGCACCGAGUUCCUGAGCAGAAUCGCGGCGCGGUCGCUCUACGGCCUCGUCUCCUUCCUGUGUGCUCGCUACCCGUCCCUCACACCUGACCACGCCAUGCAGCGCCUGCUCGUGGCAGAUGCCAACUUGCAAGCUGCUGAUCCCGAUCUUCUCUGUGAUCCCAGCCUUGAUCCCAGUCUUCUCUUUUAUACGCGUUCGCCUAGUUACCAAAAUAAGCUGAAGCUGGACUGGUCUGGUUGUCCGAUAAUUGGAUCAUCAGGCAAAGGCACUGAAGUCAAGUUUCACGAGAGAGCCGUUCGGAAGGCCGCUGUCAGUAUCCCGGAAGCGUAUGCUGCUGCUGCCACCGCUGCGUUCCACCCCAGCCCACCUGCGCAGAGAGAGUUUCUUGGAUCGCCGGCGUCUGUGUCAAAUCUCUGGGCUGCCUCAUCAGUGUUUCCUCUGGAUGAAGGUCACCAGCUCUCCAAGGACGAAUUUGAUUUCCUCUGCGGGCACUUGCUCACGUGCGCCCCCUCCUCUGUUGUGGGCAUGUCGCACCUGCAACAAGAACCUGAACCUGAGCCUACGGGGGUAAGCAAGGCAGAGUACGACAAAUAUUUGAGAUGCAAGAACAGGGAACUGCAUGAUGAAGUCAAAACGAUGGUGGUUGCUGCAUUGGACAAGUUCAACAGAGAUAAUGUAUGUUCUUGUGCAAGAAUUUUGUUUCGAGACAACUUCAUUCCAUGGGUGCAUUUUGAGGGCUAUCAGCAGGUGUAA